AUGAAUUCACUCUUUCUCAUAUUCGUAUACACCCUUGCCUUGCUAUACGAGUCUGCAAGUCUAGCACGCACAGACGAAAAUGAUACGCAGUAUAAGUGCGGAAAGCGCCAAAAAGUACAACAUAUUUCUGCAAGAAUCAUCAAUGGUACCGAGGCUCUCCCGGAACACUGGCCCUGGAUGGUCGCAAUCUAUAAUUCAAACGACACCUUUGUAUGCGGAGGGGUCUUAAUUGGCGAGGAACAUAUAGUAACGGCAGCACAUUGUUUUCGAAACCAAGAGGCUCAUGAGUUUUCAGUUCGUCUUGGAACCACACUCAGAACCAAUGUUUCUCAAUGUAACACUGCACAAGAUUCUAAUAUACAAGAAAAGAAAACCAGAAAUGCGGAAGUAUCUCCAAAAUUAGAUGAAGAAUACAAUGAGGAUUCUGAAAUCCAGGUGAUCUGUAUUGAAGUUGAAAGCUUCUGCACCCCUAUUCAAGACAACUGUCACCUCUUCAUGAAAGACAUUGCUGUUGUAAAAUUAAAAACGAAGGUCAACUAUACUGACUAUAUUCAGCCAAUCUGCCUUCCGGAAAACUGUGUCGAUCCCCCUGCAAGCAGUGCAUCCUAUGUUGCAGGCUGGGGACAAAUAUAUGAGUAUCACAGUCUAGAUGAAUAUGAAGAUUAUUUUGAAGUCGAAGACGAAAUAGGCGACCCUGAGAUUCAGAAACCCGUAAACAAAACAUCAAGUGAAGUAACUAGCGUGGAAUCGCAAACGGAACCAGGAGGAAUCAUAUCAUUUCGAAUCCCAAACACACUGAUGGAACGGAAACAUGAUUUGAUUGAUAAGGAUCAAUGCACUUCCGAAAUGAAAAGCGAAGUUCCUGACUACAUCAUUUGCACAAAUGGAGGAUCAUGUCGUGGAGACAGCGGAGGACCCUUGAUGUACGAAGAUAACGGUCGGUGGACUCUUAUUGGUGUGGUUUCUGACGGGCCAGAUGACUGCUUUCACCCAGAGAGACCUACACUCUUUGUGAAGGUCUCGCACUUUGUGGACUCGCUUAUUUCGAAAUUUAUAGAACAUGGAAGUCACAGUGACAAAAAUUCCACGUGUGCUACGGAGGAUGCCCGUAAAGAGUGUGUAACGAGGUUCUUACAGUUUUACAACACGUCUGUAGAACCACAAUACAUCCCGAAGGGAUCUACCUUCUAUCAGCUCUACAACAUGUCUGUAAAACCAUGA